AUGGCAGGCCUACAGGGUCUCGAGGAAUCAGGCAUUAGGGCAUUCUUCUGUCCCAGCAUGACCGAUGAUCAGUAUGACGAUGCUGAGAAGGGUGAUCUGGCCCAUGAAGCCAGGCUUGCUCAUGUCGAUGCACUGCAUAGAGACAAUGCGGCUAAAGCUAGUCAACUGGUCCGCAUUGGAAUGUCCAUCAGUCAUCCGGGGUCUGUGCCUUUUGACGAAACAGAUGCCAAAAUCAAAUUUGCUAACCAGCGAGGCAUUUUCUGCUGCUCUCACUCGGGCCCCAUCAAGAGUUCGGUUUUGUCCAGCGGUGUCAUGGAGCGAGCAGAUCAUGGUCUAAUGUUCCCGGGCCAUCUUUACAUUCAUUGUACAAACCUUACCGAUCAAGAACUCUCCCUGAUUGGUGAAUCAGGCGACCUCUUCGGGCAGAUGCGCCUGGGGCUGCAAUUGCAACAAUGCUUAGACAGCAAAGUCUCGCAUGAUGAUGGCAAGGUGGUUAUGAAGCUAGAUUUAACUGUUCGAGAUGCCAUGAUCUGGGCAACUAGGAAUGGUGUUGCAGCUCUCAGAUUGGAGAGCGAGAUUGGAACUCUCACGCCCGGUAAACGUGCUGAUGUCGUUUAUGUCUCCGACGACCGAGCACUGACCCCUUCCAUGAAUCCCAUGGGCACCACAGUCUUCUAA